GUGUUGACAUUAAUUUGACAGGUUCUUUUCAGAACAAAAGUUGCGUAAUAAUUGUUAAAGCAAUUGAAAUGGCUCUGUCCGAUAUCGAAACUGUAAUUAUACAGCAAAACGAAGAAGUUCCUGUCAAAAAGAAAGAGGAGACUAAAAGAAAAGCAGAAUUACCGAAAAAGAAGUAUGCUUGCACCUACCCUGGAUGCAAAGCCAAAUUUGCAAGGCCUUCUAAACUCGAUCGACACUAUUGCAUGCACACUGGAGAGAGGCGUUAUGUCUGCGAUUUCGAGAAUUGUGAUAAAGCAUACACAAAUAUUUCCUAUCUAAAGAGACACAAACUGACCCACAAUGAUGUGAAAGAAACUUUUCCCUGCAACAUAUGUAACAUGACUUUCACCAUCCAGCACAAUUUAAAGCGACAUUGCAAACGAUGGCACGAAAAUCCUUUGCGACUCUAUCAUCUUCCCAAAGUCUGUGAAGUCUGCAAAGAAGAAUUUCCUAGACGAUAUUUGCUUCUAGCGCACAUGAAAGAGGCACACAAUCGCCUCCUCUACAAAUGUGAAUUAUGUGAAAAGAGUUUUUCCGAACCCAUGAAAUUGAGAAGGCAUGUAAAUUCUACUGUACACCAAAAAUUCUUUUGUACAAUUUGUACAACCGCCUUCGGAUCGCAAGAAGAAUUAAAAGAGCACAAGACAACACAUUUUCCUUUCUCGGAAUACAAAUGUGACAUUUGUGGCAAAAAAUAUGUCACUAAAAGAAAUCUGAGAACCCAUAUUAGUGACCACAUGAAAAGCACCAUUAUAAUGUGUUCAUACGAGGGAUGCAAUCGACUUUAUUAUUUCCAACGCAACCUGGACCAGCACAUUCGUACGUUUCACUUGGGAGAAAAAUGGACAUGUCCAUCGUGUCCUGCCCAGCUUGCUAGUAAGCAGAAAUUGAGGAUCCACAUUGAGAAGAUUCACCUGAAUCCUACGCCUAGAAAACCACCACCGACAAAUGAGAACAGAAAGAGAAGAUGGGAUGCAUGUAUGCCUAAGAAAAGUGCGGUUUCUCAGUUACUUGGAUUGAAAUUGCCGAUUAAAGCUGAGAAAGAUAUUAUUAAUCGUCUAGAGAAUCACUUGGAACUGAAGUAACGGAUCUUUCCAUGAUCAUCCAUGGAAAUAAUAUAUUAUAAGUAAGGUACUAUAUAAGAUGGGAAUAUGCAAUCUGCCAGUUUUGUUCCCCGCCCAAUUCAAAAUCGCUAACUUGAUAUCGAAUUAUAUAAAUACAUUUACAGGAUACAGAUUAUUUAUUUUAAAAUUAUACUAAAGUAUUGUUAUAAAUAAAAAAAAAAU